AUGAAGAUUGAAACAGAGAGCAAGAAGUUGACCAAACCCUCAGCUCCAACAGCUGACCACCUUCGCAAGCUAAAAAUCUCUCUUAUUGAUCAGCUUCAGCCUCCAAUUUAUGUUGGUGUAAUUUUCUUCUACUCAUCCAAAAACGAUGUACACGACCCUUCAUUCGUGCCUAUUAGCGAAAAAUUCCGGCUGCUAGAGAAAGCGCUCACGGAAACCCUAACCCUCUUUUACCCUCUCGCCGGCCGGUAUGUCGAAGAGAAGUGCUUGGUCGAAUGUGACGACCACGGGGUGGAGUUCUUGGAAGCCAAAGCUGAUGGCACUCUUGAUCAGCUGCUCCAUGGAGAAACUGACCCCGAUGAUGUCCUCAGCCAUUUGGCAACUCAACCUCCUCAGGUGGACAAGAUGCCACCUCUAGUGGUUGUCCAAAUAACCACUUUCACUUGUGGCGGCAUGGCGGUCGGCCUGUGCAUCUCUCACAGGAUUGCCGACGUGACCACUAUAUCGUCCUUCAUGAGCACGUGGGCGAUGGCAUGUCGCGGAAGCAUUCAGAAGGUGAUCCAUCCGUGCUUCGAUCUAUCAUCUAUUUUCCCGCCAAGAGACUUGCCUAAGCUCUAG